CAGUUGCCCUUUGAGUCUGUGGGAAAGAGGAACAAGGUGCUUGAGGUGGGUGCCUGGACACAGUCAAAACGACCCUGUUGAGCGAACAAGGAGGUGAGUGGAUAGAAGGCUACAGGUUUCUUGGGAAUUUAGCUGAGCCAUGUAAAUAGGAAAUCUUUAAUUAAUUAAUUAUUCACCAAAUGAAAAGAAAAUGUAUGUGCAUCUUUGCCCGAAGCUCUCCUUUGGCGAUAAAGGUCUUUCUUGUGCACCUGGAAGAUGGCUGAGCGCAACCCUGGACGAGUGGCUGUCGUAGUCCUCUCUCUGGUUGCACACCUAGUUGCCAUGGUGUUUAACACACUGGCCUCAAUUGGUGGACCAUCAGGUAUUUUUAAGCAAAGCACAGAGGACGUUACACAAAAGUAUGUGACGGACAUCACGCCUGCUAGAUGGUCUCUCUUCGUGUGGGAUUUCACCUACGUAUGGUUGCUCUGUAUGCAUAUAUAUCUCCUAACAGGGCUCUUCAGAAGAAGCGCGUCCUCAUGGAUGUAUGCGUAUCCCGCGGUGCUGCCAUAUGCAUUCCAUGUGAUAUUGAUAACAAACAUCAUCAUGAAUGUUUCCUAUCUGUUCCUGUUUGACAGGGAGUUGUUAUUGGCAUCUCUGGUAAUGUCUGCAACGAUGGCCUUUACAAACUGCCUUCUAAUGUUCUUCUCCUGUUACGGGCUCAAGGUGUACGGAGCCUGGCUGAACAAACACCACUCUCUUGACCUAUGGCUUCUCCGUAUUUUGGUACAAAAUGGGGUCGCUAUGUAUACAACAUUCACAAGUGUGGCUACCCUUUUAAAGCUGACAAUUGUUCUGAACUACAACCUGAUGUCUAGUUCCAACUCAGCGAUCAUCUCAUUGUCUCUUCUCCUCGCUGGGAUCCUGAUCUGGUUUGUUGUGGAGAACUUCCUGUUGGAGAAUCAUCUCCGCUACAUCCUCUCUGUCUACCCGGUAGUUAUCCUUGUGCUGGCAGGAAUUGUGUCCCACUCUAGUCAGUUUGGACUUAAUGAUAUAGUUUCAGCGGCGCUCCUGGGUGUGACCUGCAUUCUCCUCAUCAUACGGAUCGCUCUGGUGGUGUGGCGGCACUACCACCACCCUCUCUACCGGCCGGACAUGCCAGUGAUGUCACCGAUGGAGCUGGUCAGGACACAGAACCGAGUGUUUUUUUAGUUUAGUGGGUUUUUUUCAGGUGAGGGAUUGUGGGUGUUCUUCUUGUGGUAAGGGCUGGGUCCUAUUUUGUAGAUUUAAAGCAUUUGAUUCAACUGUUUGUCUCGUGUCUUGAUUAUUUUGUCACUGUAAUGGAUGAAUGCCAAAGCAUGGUUAUGGACACAUGCAUUCAAAAGAUAACCCAACAUACUCUACAGUCAGACUGCCAAAAGCACUAAAUGGCAAUGGAAACAUUGGAUCCUUUCAAUAACCUAUAUUCCAAUAAAAUUGUGAAAACUA